CAUGAAAAAAGCCUAAAUGGCUUUUGACAGUCAUUGGUUCUAAGCCGAAGCAAAGCACCAAGCACUGGCUUGCAAGCUGCAGAAAGGAUCUAUUACAGUUUAAAAAAAUAGGGGAAGACUCAGUGACCAUCGUUCGUGUGAAAGAGAAGAGAGCAGAGCCAGCUGAAUCUGCUUAUCUCAAGAAGUAAUAAAGAUGUGGAAGAAGACAAAGGUGGCCGAUGAAACUGCCACUGGGCAGGCAGGCAUCAAGAAGAAAUCCAAAGUGCCUGGUGUUAUGAUUACGCAGUUUAUUGAAGAACUCCCUGAAGGAAAAACAACUCCAGAUUUCACUCGGAAACCCAUAGCCCUUACUAUCCAAGAGGGCAAAUUUGGAUUCUUUAAAGCCAUUGUGACGGGUGAUCCAACACCUACUGUAACAUGGAGCAGAGCAAAGGGAGAAAUCAUUUUUCACCCUGAUGUGUGCCUGCAAAGAUAUGAUGAGGCAUCCAAUGAACAUUUCCUUGAGUUCCCUAAGGUAACUCCAGAGGAUGCUGACACCUACAAGUGUUUUGCAACUAAUGAAUAUGGGAGAGCAGUUUGCACAGCUGUUCUGAAUGUUAUUGAGGUGGGAUUUUCUAAGGCAAAGGAACUCCAAAAGGUACAAGGAGAAGAUGCCACAGAGUUCAGAAAAAAACUUAAAACACGCAAUCCAGAUGGAACGCGCGAGGAAAAGACAAUGGAUGAUAAGGAAAAGGUCUGGGAAAUCCUCCUUAGUGCCGAUAAAAAAGAUUAUGAGAAAAUCUGUUUUGACUAUGGCAUCAGCGACUUUCGUGGAAUGCUGAAGAAACUGACUGAAAUGAAAAAAGAGCGAGAGGAGGAGAUUGCACAGUUCAUCUCACAUAUCAGAACACUCAAACCUGUUGAGGUCAAAGACAAUGACAGUGCAACAAUUGAAUUGGAUAUGGACCUCUUGGAUUCAGGCAGCAAAAUCUACUUAUAUAAGGAUGGUGUUAUGGUGCCAUUCUCAAAAGAAGAGGGUGAAGAAAUUAAACAUAAUUUGAAACAAGUUGGCAAAAAAUAUGUGUUCACAAUUAAAAACCUAAGUAAAGAAGAUGCUGGGCUCUACUCAGUGGAUGUUGAGGGAGUGAAUGUGUUUUCUACUGAUUUUAAAGUCCCUGAAGUUGACUUUGCAGUCAAAAUUCAAGAGGUCAAAGCAGAAGAACGAGAGGAUGCUCUCUUUCAAUGUGUCCUCACAGCUCCAAUGAGUGAGAUCAAAUGGUAUGGCAAAAGUGCUCUGCUUACAAAUAAUGAGAAGCAUGAGAUAACUGUAUCUGAGGACAAACUCAUCCAUAAGUUGAUUGUGCGGGACUGUCUACCUUUGGAUGCUGGUAUCUAUGCUGCUGUGGCAGGAAUCAAGUCUUGCAAUGCCUGGCUUGUGGUUGAAGCUGAUAAAGACCCAGCCAAAAAGGCCAAAAAGGGAGCACGCAAAACCACCAUCGCUGGAGCUGGCAAUGAUGAAGAACUGAUGAAAAUAGCAAAAGAACAACAGGCGAGAUAUCAGAAAGAAAUGGAGGAAAAGAUAGGGAAACGGAAGAAACGAGUAAGAGCUGGCCCAUUGGUUCCUGAAACUGUUAUAGUUAGCGGUAAGAUUGUUGGACCUUCAGACCCAGGAGUUCACUUUCAUGCCGGUCUUUCUGACUGCAAGGCUAUUAUUGGAGAAGCAGCAGAGUUAGAGUGUAAAGUAAGCAGUGAAGAUUGCGAAGGAAUCUGGUACAAAGAUGGAGCUGAGAUUCAGUCAUCUGAGAAUGUAUCGAUUUCCAAAGAGGGAUGUUUCCACAGGCUGAAAAUUAACAAAGUCACAGAAGAAAAUGCUGGAAAAUAUAAAUUUGAAGCAGAUGGCCGAAAGACAGAAUCCGAAAUCGUUGUUGAGGAUCCCCCUCGAUUUGACACAGAGGACCUAGAAGAAUUUAAAAAACCUGUAACUGUAAAAAAGGGACACAAAGCUACUUAUAAAUUGUCUUAUAUUGGCCGUGAACCAAUCAAAGUACAGUGGUACCUGGAAGGUGAAGAGCUUUCAAGUGAAGGCAAUGUUAAUAUUGACACCUCGGAUGGAACCAGUCGCCUGCUUCUGAUGAAGCUUCAGCGUAAGGACAGCGGCGAAAUCAAGCUAAAACUGAAAAAUGAGUUUGGCACCAGUGAAGCUGUAAGCCAACUUAAUGUCCUUGAUAAACCUACACCCCCAAUGGGACCUCUGGAGAUUGUAGAAGCCUCCUCCUCUGUAAUCGAUUUCAAGUGGAGACCACCAAAGGACAGUGGUGGCUGCAAGAUACAAAACUAUAUCCUUGAACGGAACCAGGUUGGCCGGAACACCUGGAAGAAGCUUGGACCAAUUGGUCCUGAAGCAAAAUACAGAGAUUCUGAUGUAGACCAUGGGAGGAGAUAUUGCUAUCGCAUCAGAGUGGAGACUGAAAUGGGAACCAGUGAGCUGAUGGAAACAGAAGACAUUCAAGCUGGAACAAAAGCAUACCCUGGACCUCCAUCAGCUCCAAAGGUUGCCAGUGCCUUUAAAGACUGCAUCAACCUCACAUGGUCCCCUCCUUCAGACACUGGAGGUACCAACAUUCUAGGAUACAAUCUGGAGAAACGAAAGAAGGGCAGCAAUCUCUGGGGCCAAGUAAACCCUCCAAAUGAGAUCAUUAAAGGUAAAGGAUGUGCUGUUAAAGAUGUGGUGGAAGGCAUGGAGUACGAGUUUCGUGUGUCUGCAAUAAACGGCUCCGGAUCUGGUGAAUUCAGCACUCCUUCUGAGUUUGUUUUUGCCAGAGACCCUAAAAAGCCUCCUGGUAAAGUGCUUGAUUUAAAAGUGACAGAUUCCACCUACACAACCCUGUCCCUGUCUUGGAACAAGCCCAAGGACAUUAAGGGGGUUGAGGAUGAAGCGAAGGGGUAUUUUGUGGAGAUCAGACCUGCAGAAAAUACAGACUGGGAUCGAUGCAAUUCUAAUGCAAUAACCAUGACUUCAUAUACGGUAAAGGGCAUGAAGUCAUUGGCCAUGUACUGGGUGAGAGUAAUUGCUACUAAUGAUGGAGGCGAGGGAGAGCCUCAGGAGCUGGACAAUUACAUUCUCGCUAUGCCCCCACCUGUCAGACCAAGAUUCACAGAUACCAAAAGCAAGAGUUUCAUGAUUGUGAGAGCAGGAAAUUCUGCACGAUUUACCAUCAACUUUGAGGCUUCACCAUGGCCAGAGGUAGUGUGGCUAAAAGAUGGCGUGCCAGUAUCUAAAAAGGUGACUAUCAGCAAUGCUGAGGGAACAUCUCAGCUUCUGAUCCCUUCAGCCGAACGUACAGAUACUGGCAUUUAUACCAUCAUUGUCAAAAAUGUAGUUGGACAGGAAACAGCUAGUAUUGAAAUUAGAGUAACAGAUGAACCGAAGCCACCAGGUCCAGUGGAGCUGGAUGAAAAUGUGCCUGGCACUGUAACCAUCUCAUGGACCGCAUCUCCAGAUGAGAAGCGAGAUGACAGGCUCCACUACAUGGUGACAAAGCGGGAUUCAGUCAAAAGAACCUGGCACACUGUUGCAGAUCGAAUCUUCAACAAUAAAUUUACAGCCUGCAACAUCUUGCCAGGCAGAGAAUACCAGUUUCGAGUCUAUGCCAAGAAUGACAUGGGCUCCUCCAAACCAUCAGAAUCAGCAAAGUGGCUGAUUCCUGCCAAAAAAGAAAAAUUCAUUGUGAAUAUGCCGGAGUCGAAGGCCUGUGACCUGCAGUGUCCUCCCAAAUUCCUUGUUCCGUUGAAAAUGCACACUGCUCCUCAAGGCUAUGAAUGUUACAUGACAUGUGCUGUUAAAGGAGAUCCAACACCUCACGUGACAUGGCUCCGUAACAACAUCAGUCUGAAUACCAACACUAACUACUUCAUCUCUAACACCUGUGGGGUCUGUUCAAUGCUAAUACUGAGGGUCGGAUCGAAAGACAUGGGGGAAUACAAAGUUGUUGCAGAAAAUCCGUUAGGAAGAGUGGAGAGUUCAACUAAACUCACUGUCAGAGAAUAAAUGGAUCCAUAGAGGAUAUCACACAAGCAACAUAGUUGGAAAAUAACCUUACAGAG